AUGAGGGAUUCUCAAAUUAACAAAAAAGUGAUAAGGCGUGGAAGUAUUUCUAUCUAUGAUCCCCUCUCACAAGCGAGUGCUAUCAAAAAGAAACCAAUAGAUCGAUACUGCAAAAAAAAAGUAUCAUCUGAUAUAAAACACUUUGAUGGGGUUCAACUUAUUAAAUCUGAGGAAAAUAUUAGAAAAAUUCAUAAAAAUCAAUUGGGUAAUUUGACUAUUAAAUUAAAUUCUACACUCCCUUCUAAUAGUGAAAGUAAAAGCACAGCUAGUGAGAAACAAAAUUUGAGAGGAUUGGAUAGUAAUUCUAAGUCAAUAAUGUCAAAUCAAUCUACAUCUAUUUACGGAUCAUUUAUUAAUCCUAUAAAUAGUAAACCAAGAACAUCAAUGUACUACGGUAGUAAGGAUUUACCAAUAAUUAUUGAUGAUAGUCCAACUUCUACAAACGAAGAAGAAAAAGUUACUAGUAAUGUCCAUAAAAAUACUUUAACAACUCCUAACAUUAAUACAAUUAUCAAAAGAAAAAGCUCCUACGAACCGUUACUUAAAAGUAUAGAAAAAUAUCCAAUAAAUGAAGAUAAUCUUUUAUCAAAACUAAAGAAUAUAGCUAGUAAAGAUAGUGAAUAUACUCUCAAUAUUACUUCCAAAAGAAAAAUUUCUCCAAAAGAUCCCAGAUAUAGUUUAUAUCAUUCAAAAUAA